AACUAAUUCCUAAAGUUUUAAAAUGGGCAACAGAGGAUGUUGAUAAUCCGGAUUUACGUGAUCGAGGAUAUAUUUAUUGGCGCUUAUUAUCAACAGAUCCUGCCACAGCUAAGACUGUUGUAUUAUCUGAUAAACCGCGAAUUUCUACCGAAAGUGAUAACAUGGAACCUGCAUUAUUGGAAGAGCUUCUAUUACAUAUUUCUAGCCUUUCAUCUAUAUAUCAUAAAUCACCACAAACUUUCAUUCCAAAUAGCAAAACUCGACACUUAACCCAUUCACCGGUUCUAAAUCGAAGGUAUCUUGGACAGCAACAACAACCUAAUUUACUCGAUUCUGAUAUUGAUAAUUUAGCUUCAGGGUAUUCUAAUCCUUAUAAUGUUGACGUUGUCAAUAUUGGUGAAAAUUAUGUUGGGGACCUAUUAUUAGAUUU